AUCACAGGUAAGAGACCGUGUUUUUAGCAGAGAUGAUUGUGACCAAGAUGACUUUUGGGCUUCUGGCCCUGCUGCUGGUCUGCUCCGUUAGAGCUGAGGAGAUGGUAAGACACAUACAUACACAAAUGCUCAUUGCUGAGGACAUUUCUGCUGAGCUGUCUAUUUCUGAACUGUUGCAUAGAGCCAAUAGAGGCAUCAUUCCUGAACCUGAUGAGCCCGAACUGAUGGAUGACAUUGCUGUGAAUGAGAAAAAUGCAGAUCCCUGCACCUCCUAUGGCUGCCUCUGGCCCAAGUACAGCGAUGGCUAUGUUUAUGUACCUUACGUCAUUGCCAACCACUACUCCUCUCGUGAGCUGGAGAUCAUCCAGCGUGGUCUGAACUCUUUUGCUUCAAGCUCCUGCAUCCGCUUCUUUCGUCGCACCAAUGAGAGAGACUACAUCAGCAUUGAGUCCCGCAGUGGAUGUUACUCAUACGUUGGUCGUCAGGGUAAUGUCCAGACUGUGUCUCUGGCCCGUAAUGGCUGCCUUUACCACAGCACUGUGCAGCAUGAGUUGCUCCACGCUCUUGGCUUCAACCAUGAGCAAACCCGCAGUGACCGUGACAACCACAUCCGUGUAGUCUGGGAGAACAUCAGAGAUGACAUGAAGUACAACUUCAACAAAAUCAACACCCUUAACCAGGGAACUCCCUAUGACUACAAGUCUGUGAUGCAGUACGAGAGAUAUGCCUUCUCCAAGAAUGGUCUCGCCACUAUGGUUCCCAUUCCCAACAGCAAUGUUGAGUUAGGCAAGGCUUCUCAAAUGAGUCAAAAUGACAUCAUCAGACUCAACAAACUCUACAAGUGCUGAGCAGCAAAAGUCCAAUCAGCAACCAGACAUGCAGCCCAGAAAAAAGUUCACGGAAGACCCAAAGCAUCAAGUAUGGUGUGCUUACUACUAUGCUUAACCUACAUCACUCUAACAGUUAAUUAUUAAGAAAAAUAACAUACCAAUAAAGCUGCAAUCAAAGAGUCAUUUUGAUAUCUUUUAAAUAUAAAACCCUUUGCCAGUUGAAUUGUGAGAACUUUGGCCUGCCUAUGUAAAUUUCUGCAGUGAUAAUAAAAAGAAAUAAAGACCUAAA